AUGGAGCUCGAGCACCUUCCGCGGGAUUUUCGAAUCCCGAAUUCGAAAAAAUCACAUUUUCCACGUGGAUUGGGAGAAUUGACGGAUCGAGGAUUUGAGAAUUCGUGGAAAUUGGGAGAAUUUUUAGCGGAGCGAUAUGUGAAAAGUGGAUUUUUGAAUGCGGAUAUGAAAUCUAGAGAGGUUAGUUCAAGAAUUUUCGAAUUCCUGGUGAAAUUUCGAAUUUUUAGACACUCAUAUUCAUAAAAUUUGAAUUUGGGACCACUUGGUGGUGCUUAUGGUCCCAAAUUUCAAAAUAAAGGAAAAUAUAUGAAUAUGGGUGUCUAAAAACUCGAAAUUCCACCAGAAAUCCGAAAAUCACCACUAGAAGCUCUGAAUUUCGCUAGAACUUCGAUAACUCAAAAAUUAAAUUUUGAAAAUUUUUCAAAAUCUCUGAAGUUCUGGAAACUUUUAGAGAUUCUAAUGGUGAUUUUCAGAUUUCUGGUGGAAUUUCGAGCUUUUAGACACCCAUAUUCAUAGGGUUUAGAUUAUUUUUGAGUUUUGGACCUUGAGCUCCACUAAAUGGUCCCAAAAUCAAAUUUUCACCAAACUAUAUCAAUAUGGGUGUCUAAAAACUCCAAAUUUCACCAGGAAUCAGAAAAUUGACUUCAAAAUUUGUUCCAGAUGUACUGGCGAUCCGUAUACAUCAAUAGAUGUUUAGCGACCGCAGCUACAGUAGGCGCCGCCAUGUUUUCUGGCGCCAAAAAACACCUUCACCCGGCAAUUUCCACCGAAGAAUCUGAUGAGACACUUUUGAACUACGAUACGAUGAAUUGUCGAAGAGAACAUGAGAUUUAUGAGGAAUUGUGUCCAGGUUAUCAGAAUAUGCAUUUUAGAACUGUAAGUUAGCCUAACUCAACUUUUUUGGCUGAAAUUUUUAGAGAAAAAUUUUUUUUGCAGUGGCCAGAAUUUGAGGAAUUCAUUGCAAAUUGUCUGAAUUUCACCAGGGAUCCGAUUUUUGAAAAAAUCAAAUUUUCUGAAAUGGAAGCCCAUUUGAAUGAGGUGAGAGGGUUUUGGGCGUGGUUUUCCACGUGGAAUCUGAAUUUUUGGCUGAAAAUUACUGCCGAAUUCGAGAUCUACGUGAAAUUUUGGUCUAGAACAAUUUUUCCCUGGAGAAAAUUGAGGAUUUAGAGAAAAAGUGACCCCCCUUCUAGAUAUUCAGGGGGGUCACCAGAAUGCUUCUAGGCUCAUUUUCCACGUGGAAUCUGAAUUUUUGGGUGAAAAUGAGUGGCGAAUUCGAGAUCUACGUGAAAUUCUGGUCUAGAACAUCUUUUCCCAGCGAAAAUUGAGGAUUUAGAGAAAAAGUGACCCCCCUAUUAUAGGUGUUCAGGGGGGUCACCAGAAUGCUUCUAGGGCUCGUUUUCCACGUGGAAUCUGAAAUGUUGGCUGAAAAUUAGUGCUGAAUUCGAGAUCUACGUGAAAUUCUGGUCUGGAACAUUUCUUCCCUGGAGACAAUUUAGGUUUUCGGGGAAAAGGUGACCCCCCUUUCUAGAUGUUGAGGGGGGGGGGGGUCACCAGAAAGCUUCUAGGCUUAUUUUCCACGUGGAAUCUGAAUUCUGAGGUUAAAAAUAGUGAAAUAUUCAAAUUUCCCGCCAUAUUUCACCCCAGAAACCUAUAUUUUUGCAGUAUAAAAAUGACAUACCUCUCCCGGAAAUUUUGGAAAUCAACAAGCAAAAAAUCUCGAAAUUUUAUACUCAAGUAACCCAUAAAAUACUCGGAAUUGGAGAAUUUCAAAAUAUUCAACUAAUGCGGAUAAAAUUCGGAAAUCUUAUCAAAACUUUGCAAGAAAAUAUGAAAAAAGCAUGGAGUUGUUUUGAAGAAGGAGAGCAUUGUACAAGGAAAAUGAAGAAGUUCAAAGUUUACUCGACGGUUGGUUAUUUUUCAGGGGAUUCUGGGAUUAUUUUCGGAUUCCUGGUAAAAUUUGGAGAUUUUUGAUACCCAUAUAUAUGUAGUUUGGUGAAAAUUUAGUUUUGGGACCAGUUGGUGGAGCUUAUGGUCCCAAAUUUCAAAAUAUAUGAAUAUGGGUGUCUAAAAGCUUCAAAUUUCAUGGGGAAUCUGAAAAUCAACAUGAAAAUUGCUGAAAUUAUCUAGAACUUCAGAAAUAUCUCGAUUUCAGUAUCAAAAUUCUCCAAAUUUUCAGCAAGAUUGGAUUCUAAUGGGUGUUCUCGAAGUUUUUGGUGUUCUAAACAUCACUCUUGGCCAGGAAAUGGCCGAAUACAAUACAAUGAUUAUUUUGGAACUUUGGAGCAUCGAUAAAAAUCCGGAAAUUAAAUUAUUUUUCAAAAAAGAUGAGGUCAAAACUGAGCUGAUUCAAAUAAAACCGGAAGAAAUUCGAGGAAAAAAAUUGGAUUUGCAAGGAUUUUUGGAAUGUUGCACAGAGUAUUGGAAUAAUGGAACUUCGGCUUGCGACGCGAAAUUUUUGAAAUCGCGCGAUUUUGUCGCGUCGCGACGUCGCAAGCGAUUUGCUGGACCGGAAUAA